GCGCGGUGCUGGCCCGCGACCGCCAGAAAGGGCAGAAAGGUGCCCUGCCCUGCCCUGCCCUGCCCUCUGACCCGAGGCUCGGCCUUUCCCGCUUCCCGCAGUGACCUGAUCGGCCGCUUCCCCGACUACCCCGAGGAGGAAAUCGGGGGCUGUGAGGUCCUUUUUGCUCAGAAGACCCCAGAAGAGGUGAGGGCCGAGCUGGAUCUGGCGGAGACCAAGGCCGACACGAAGAAGAAGGAGAAGGAGAAGAAGGGGAAAGAAAAGAAGGAGGAGGUGAAGAAGGAGGAGGAGGAAGACAGGAAGGGGAAGGACAAGAAAUCGGAGGAAGACGAAGGGCUGAAGCUGGCUCCCUCGAAGUUCCUGGCCACCAUCAACCAGGGAUUCCUGCGGUACACGGGCUGCUGGAGUGAAGAAGAUGAGGCCAUCAAUUUUGAGCAGCGUUACCAGCCUAAUCUGAUUAAGGCUGAGAAGAGGAGAGAGGUGGAGACGGAGAUCCGGCUGCAGGUGGACGAACUGAUGCGCGAGGAGCUUCGGCACUUGCGGCUGGCCAUCGACCAGGAGGAGACGAAAGCUCUGAAGACCAAGGCCAAGAAGAGUGCCAAGAAGAGAGGAAAGAAAGGAAAAAAAGAGAAGGACCUGACGCCAGAGAGGUACUCCCCCCUCCUGCCUCGCUGGCAUUCUGAGGGACUUGGAACCACAGGGUGGGGGCAGUUCCCCCCACCCCCCAUCCCGCAGCCUCUUUGCUGCAGUGAUCCCCUGGCAGCUAAUGACGCCUCUGCCUGUGGCAUCUUGUCUGUCUUUUAAAGCCGUCCAACCUGCAGCUUUUCCCCACCCAGGGACCACCCAAGAACGUGGUCACAGUGCUGUAGAUUAGGAUUCAGGCUGGUGUGCGUCGUGUAAAGAACAUUAACGAUUCUGGUUGUCAUCUCACCAGAUAAUGUUCUGUGCAUCUGAUGAAGCGCCGUGUCAUCUGCAAGCCCACGGGGCGUAAUAUGUUUCUUAGAAAAUGAUUUCUUUAUGCUUUUGCUACAAAAGACUAAUAGGGCAGGCCCUCUGGAAAUUCUGGCACCGCCUUGCUUUGCUUUGUCCUGAAUCCUGCAACAUUUUUUAAUUUCAGAUCAUUUACAAAUAAGUUCAAAAAUGCUGCACUCAGUACAGGUCAUGGUGAGACCUUGUGGUUUGCAUCCUUCUGCAUUAUGAACUCUGUUCGUUUCUAUACUUUCUUCCGUGGGUCUGCUGAAGAACCUUGCAACAUUCCUAGCCACCAUCCCAGCGAUUGUCAAAGUGUCCUCUGUGGAUCACCAGUGUUACACACGCUGCUCCCAGGUUCGGCUUAUGGCCACUCACUCACACACUCACAGCCUGUU